GUGGCCAAUACCUCAAGUCAAAACCUUCGAGUUCCAUUUUCUUAAUUAUUCCAUAGAAAGAGCUGUUUUUAUACUUCUGACCUCCUUCAUAAAACCAUGCUUAUAAUUUUAUCUCAAAGUAAAUAACUUCUUAUACACCCAUUAAAAAAUUACUUUCUUUUUUUGUUUUAUCUCGUUUUGCAUAAAACACCAAUAACUAUAUCUAAUUUAACUAAUUAGAAAUCAUACUGCAUAAUACAAAUGGUCUCAAACAUAACAUUGAAUUUUUGCGUAAAAAAAUUAAAAAAAUUCACUUAGUAAAAAUUUCUAAAACAUUACUUAAAUUUAAACGGAAAGAGUAAGUUAUAAUAAAUGCCUCAUUUGGCGACAAAACAAACAACAAAAAUGUCUUCAUCUUGAUCUUCGUUUAACAUCAAGAUCCGAACAUAAAACACACAAUCCUCUCACAUGUCCUUGUUACGCGGCCUCAAUUAUUUUCAAGGCAACCAAAACAAAAAGAACAACAAUAAUAAUACGUGAUGAAUGAUAAUAUUCAAAUGCCCCAUAUUCAUGCAUGCAUUCAACUUGUUCAAUUUGUCGCUUAAUCUUGUAUAAUAAAGUCGGAUACAUAUAGUUGUGUUAAAACUACCCAUGUCUCUUUGAGAAAGAGAUCCAAUGUUUUUGCAUCUCUUUGUCUCAGCACAAAAUCUUAUGCUAUGAUGACUUUUUGUCCUUUGUAAUCAAUCACCCAAUUCCAAAGCAUUAAAGUUUACGGUUUCCAUAGAAAUAUCAGAAGUGGAAAUACUAUAUGCUCUCUAGUGUGAAGUGACUUUUUAAACGAUUGGUGUUGAGUGCGAUUCACACUCUUUGCGUGAGCGUGCAAGAAUAUACUUUCCGUAAUACUAUACGUUAAGACCAUCAAACUCUAUACGUUUCUUUUAACAUUUGCUAAGUGGUAAUGAUCUUUUAGUCGGUUGUCUAGUCUUUUAUUUUCUUAUUAUUUUUCAUAGUUUUUGCAUGCAGGUAGAGAUUGUUAUUUAGUAGUAGUGUAAAUAUUUAUUCAUGUCAUUUGCAAAAAAAAAAUAUCUAUUCAUGUCUUUUUACCAAAGCAAGUGUAAUCUACUGAUGGAACGGUGAGGUGCCUAGUUCAAGCCCUUGGGAAAGGAAGAUUCACGUCCAGUAAAGAUAUUAACAAGAGCUGGUUUUUACUAUAUAGAUUUGGAAUUUCUUAAUUAACAAAAUAAUAAUUCUUGUUUAAAACGUUCACCGCAAGAUUAAUAGUAUUAUCAUUAGAUAUCUAAUUGAAGUUUUUGUUUAAUAUACUUAUAAGCAGACUCGACAAAAGCUAGUCAAAGUUCUUAGGCGUAGAUAAUAUUUUAUAUAUCGGACCUAUGAAUAUAGGGUCGUUACGUCGGAGUCGCGACACAAAAUUAAUAUGUUCGACCAGUGUCGUACCGACUAAAGACCAAUCAGUUUUCUCCAUAAAUAAGAUUAAGAAAUAAUUAGCAGAUUGGCUGAUGAAACAAAAAUGUUAACAUCAACUAAUAAAUAACACAUGAGUUAAUGUUUUCCUUUUCUCACGCAUGAGUAUUGACAAAGAAAUUGUCUUGUUGCUAUAGCUCUGAAUGGUAAUAUCCAAAAUAACUGCGGAAUAACUGUGGUGCGAAUUUAAUAAUAACAAAAACAUGCUAUAAUAAAUAUAAGCGCAGUCUGUCACAAUUCAAACUGCAACUUGAGCCAACAAAUAUUUUUUUCCUUUGACCAUUUUUAUUUAACUAUUACAAUCUAUAAACAGUCAUUUCACGUUUUUAACUUUUUAUAUAAUAAUAUAUUGAAUCUGGAGGGAAAUCUAUAUUUCAUAAUAUUUACUAUCAACAUAUCUUUUUGGCAACAAACUCCAUAUUUUAUUAUCGAUAUAUCUAUGUGUGGUGUUCAUGGUUCAAUAACUAAUUGAUAAGUUUAUUAACACCUCUUUUUUUAUGGAUCAAAGUCAAAAAUCGAGUCCCACCAUCAAAAAUAUUAUGAUAUGUUUCAUUUUCAAUCACUAUAACUAUCUUAAAUACAAGAAAAUCGAUUUUCUACAUACAACAAAAAAUAAUAACUAUCUUAACUAUCUUAGCAUAUCCCUAGCAUCAUCUUCAACUUUUACCUCAGUCACUUUAAUCAUCAUUUGAACUAUACUAUCUCAAUAAAUGAACUUAGCAACAAUAUAUGACCAAAUAAAGAUUAUCAAAAUGCUUGGUUCAAAAUUGUGUAUGAUUUAAGAACUUCUACAUUUUUAAAAUAAUGUAACUUUUCUUUUUAGAGUGUAUGUAAAUUCAUAUGAAUAAAACUAUAUAUUUGUAGAAAUGAUAUAUUGAUAUAGUUAUUACUAAUAAAUUAACAUAUUUCAAGUUAUUACUUUCCAAAAAAAAAUAUCAAAGUUAACAUUUAAGAAGUGGUCAAUUGCUACAUUAUCUUUCUUUUAUAUUUUUGGUUUAACGUAGAUGAAAAAAGAAUAAAAGAAAUGAAUAAAAAAAGACGAGUCAUUUAUUCUAUGUUUGGCGCGUAUAUUAACCACCACCGGCAGACAUCACCCCCAUAAAGAAAGAUCAAACCUUUCCUUCCUUCCAAAACUUCUCUCAGCCGAAAACCAAAAUUAAAUUUUAACCCUAAAAACAAAAAACAAAAGUCUUCAGCUCUAAGCAAAAAGAGAUCAAGCGACUUCGAGUGGUGUAGAGACAGAAACCAACCACGAUCUGUGGUUUCUCCCCAACGACACUCCCAUUUGAUCGGACCUCGACAUUGCUUUGUUCUGUGUUUCGCAGCUCCAAAAACAAAAGAGAGAGGUUUGGUUGAUUAAAUAAUGGAUCGGUACGAUCCAGCACUUGAAACCGGUUUAGAAGCUUCUAUGUGGCGGUUAGGGUUACGAGGAGGCGGUGGAGGUGAAUUGUACCCGGAGAGACUCGAUGAGCCUGAUUGUGUCUAUUACUUACGAACCGGUGUUUGCGGGUACGGGUCGAGAUGUCGGUUUAAUCACCCACGUAACCGUUCUCCGGUAUUGGGAGGUCUCAGAACAGAAGCUGGAGAGUUCCCAGAGAGAAUGGGACAGCCUGUGUGUCAGCAUUUUAUGAGAACGGGAACAUGUAGAUUCGGUGCUACUUGCAAGUAUCAUCAUCCUAGACAAGGAGGAAGAGAUUCUGUUACUGCUCUUACUUCAUUAAGUUACAUGGGAUUGCCAUUACGCCCGGGAGAGAAAGAAUGUUCAUAUUACAUGAGAACCGGUCAGUGUAAAUUCGGUUCCACCUGUCGGUUUCACCAUCCUGUUCCUCCUGGUGUACAAGCUCCAUCUCUGCAGUUAUCAACUGGUUCAGCUAUAUAUCCACCUCUUCAUUCUCAAUCAGUUCCUUCACCGCAGCAAUUUGGAGUAGCUAUACCAAGACCUCAGCUUUUACAAGGCUCAUAUGUUCAAAGCCCUUACGGCACUUACAACCAGAUGGUUCUUCCUCCUCCCGGUAUGGUUCCAUACUCUGGCUGGAACCCGUACCAGGCUUCUUCUAUAAGUGCAAUGCCUUCUCAUGGGAGUCAGCCAUCUAUGGGAUCAAGCUCUGUCUAUGGAAUUAGACCGUCAUCUCCUCCAGCGCCUGCGUAUCCACCCGGUUCAUCUUCAAAUAAAGAACAAACUUUUCCUCAGCGACCUGGACAACCUGAGUGUCAAUACUUUAUGAGAACUGGGGAUUGUAAGUUCGGAAACUCUUGCAGAUUCCAUCAUCCUCUGGAAGCAGCAUCUCCCAAGGGAGUUAACCUCAGCCCCAUUGGCCUCCCAAUUCGUCCUGGCACAGCGCAAUGCAGCCACUUUGCACAACAUGGGGUUUGCAAGUUUGGGCCUGCAUGCAAAUUUGACCACUCCAUGAGCUCUUCUUCACUAAGCUACAGCCCGUCCGCUUCUUCGGUCAGUGACAUGCACGUGGUGCCUUACCCUCUCGGGUCCUCAUCGCUCGGCAUAUCAGCUCCAUCAUCAUCAUCAUCCUUGUCUGACCAACGCACAGAGCUUCACUCUUCUAGCUCCAUUAAACCCACAAACACAACAAGUGGUGGCUCAGAAACUUUGCCUGCUGAGACCAGAACUGGUGACUCGGCUAGCAUUGAGGUUAAGACUUCAAGUUGAAGAGACAAUACUCAAAGGAGGGAAGAGAAUCUCUCUCUAUUCUUCUUCCUCUAUUCUCUCUCUCUUUACUCUCCAUCUCUUCUUAUUUCCAUCACACUUUCAGAACUCAGGAACAUAAGAAAUUUUAUUUUAUUUUUUGUGGUGGAGACAACAACAAGAAGCAAAAGCAGAGAGAGAUGAAAGCAGCUCUAGUUUUAUGUGUUAAGUCUCUCCUCUUAGUUGAGGUCUCUCUUACCAUGUUCAUACGAUUCCUUCAUACAGCCAUCUUUCUAUCUUGUAAAACAAAACCUUUUCAAAAUGAUUAUUUAUAAAUGGACUUAUUGUUCAUGAAA